CUCGGCGGGCUCAUGCCGCGCCUGCGCAGCGCGUGUUUGUGUAUUCUGGCUGCGAGGCGGCGCUGGCUCCGGGGGGAAGAUGGCGGCGUCCUCGCUGGAGCAGAAGCUGUCCCGCCUGGAGGCCAAGCUGAAGCAGGAGAACCGGGAGGCCCGGCGGAAGAUCGACCUGAACCUGGAGAUCAGCCCAGCCCGGGCCCGGCCCAUUAUUGUGAUCACUCUAAGCCCUGCUCCCGCUCCGUCCCAACGAGCAGCCCUGCAGCUCCCCCUGGCGAACGAUGGCAGCAGCCGCUCCUCUUCCUCGGAGAACUCUCCCCAGCAUCAAACGCACCAGCCGCGCCCCCGCCACAUGCUAGGCCUGCCCCAGCCAUCCUUCCCCAUCCCCAGGAGCAUGGAGAGUAUAGAGAUAGAUCAGAAGCUGCAGGAAAUCAUGAAGCAAACGGGUUACCUGACCAUAGGAGGGCAGCGGUACCAAGCAGAGAUCAAUGACCUGGAGAACUUAGGCGAGAUCGGCAGCGGGACAUGCGGUCAAGUGUGGAAGAUGCGGUUCAAGAAAACGGGACACAUCAUAGCCGUGAAGCAAAUGCGCCGCUCAGGUAACAAGGAGGAGAACAAGAGGAUCCUGAUGGACCUGGAUGUGGUGCUGAAAAGCCACGACUGCCCCUACAUUGUCCAGUGCUUCGGGACCUUCAUCACCAAUACAGACGUCUUCAUUGCCAUGGAGUUGAUGGGCACAUGUGCGGAGAAACUCAAGAAACGCAUCCAGGGGCCCAUCCCCGAGAGGAUCCUGGGGAAGAUGACGGUGGCAAUUGUCAAGGCGCUCUACUACCUGAAGGAGAAGCAUGGCGUCAUCCACCGAGAUGUCAAACCCUCCAACAUUCUGCUAGACGAGAGGGGGCAGAUCAAGCUGUGUGACUUCGGGAUCAGCGGGAGGCUGGUGGACUCGAAGGCCAAGACCCGGAGUGCGGGUUGCGCGGCGUACAUGGCGCCUGAAAGGAUAGACCCUCCUGAUCCCACCAAACCAGACUACGAUAUCCGAGCGGAUGUGUGGAGCCUGGGCAUCUCGCUGGUCGAACUGGCUACCGGUCAGUUUCCCUACAAGAACUGUAAAACGGACUUUGAGGUGCUCACCAAGGUCUUGCAGGAAGAUCCUCCCCUGCUCCCAAACAACAUGAGCUUCUCCGUGGACUUUCAGUCCUUCGUUAAAGACUGCCUUACUAAAGAUCACAGGAAGAGACCAAAGUACAACAAGCUACUUGAACACAACUUCAUCAAGCGUUACGAGACACUGGAAGUGGACGUGGCGUCUUGGUUCAAAGACGUCAUGGCCAAGACAGAGUCGCCCCGCACGAGCAGCAUCCUCAGCCAGCACCACCUGCCUUUCUUCACCAGAGUCCUUGUGUCUCGGGCACCAGCGAGCCGACGAAGACAAGUCCCUCUCUAUCUCUGUCCCAUGUCCCCUGGAUGGGAAGGCUCUUUCCAACUUGGCUCUGCAUCUCCAGCUGGGUGAGAGAAGGCCCUUUCCAGCCCGGCCCUGCAUCUCCAGCUGGAUGAGAGAUGGCCCCUUCCAGAUAUGUCCUGUGUCUCAAGCGAGAUGAGAGAAGGCCUGUUCCAGUCCUGUCCCUGCAUCACUGGCUGGACGAGAGAAGGCUAUUUCCAGCCCUGGCUUGCGUCUCCAGCUGGAGAAGAGAGGGCUCUUCCCAGCCCUGUCCCUCAACCUCCUUAAGACAAGAAGGCUCUGCUGGGAACCUCAUACUUCCCUUGGUCCUGAGAGGCGGCACGUCACCUGUUUAUGCCUCUCUCUUCACCCCUCCUGCCCCCCGAGAGACUUGGGGAAUGGGGAAGGGAGGCUGGAACCCUCACUCAUGCACUGUGAACAAAGACACACAAAUUUUUUUUACUACUUAUUUAUUAAGUUUGGACUCUGCAGGGCUGCGGGCUCCCUGCCAUGCCCGUCCGCCAGCCACCUGCAUUGUUGUUUUAUGUCUCUCUUACUUUUCUCUCGUGUUUUGGGAUUGUAUUGGGGGAGGGGAAUGGUGGGGGAGGGGGCACCCGGGGCGUGCGGCUUCAGACUUCACCUAGGAGCUCAGCCCUUGCUCUCUUUUCAGUUAAUUUUAUUUUUCCUUGGGGGUGGGGCAGGGGUGGGUUUGAGGAUUAUUCUCGCCGGAAGCAGCUCAGCUGAAGUGAUUUAUGCUGAUGAUUUUUUUGUUAAUUCUGUUUUUGAUCUCAGGGGUUUUCCUGUUUCCUUUUUUUUUUUUCCCUUGGAGUGCGAACAAAAGUUUUUUGUGUUUCUUCUGUCCGCGGCUUUGUAUUUACCAAAGUGAUCGCUGGGCUGCUGAGCAUUGGGAGAACAUGGCUGCAUGUUGUUUUUCUUUGCUAUUUAAAAGGAGGGCGUGAAAGUGCAAAAAAAAAGUUAAAUUCUAGGGGGUAGAAACAAGUGUUUGCAGCCUGCAAUCUCCUCCAACCGCGGCAGCUGCGGAGUUGUAAAAAUCAAAGACACUAAUGAAACUUGAAGUUGUUCUUUUCCCACCUCCUUCCUUUCAAUCUUGUCAGAGCCCUGGGUUUAUUCUGGCUUGUCCUCAGCUGGUGUGAAGGGCGAAGUGGCCACCAGUGGCAUGGUGCUGGUUCAGCACAGCUGCUGUAAGCUCCUGUCUGGCUUCGCCGGAGCUACGCAGGUGUAUGCCGGCAGAUGUGAAUCAGUGCAGCCGUGACGUCAGCGGAGCUACGCUGCUUGACAUUGGCUGGAGGAGGUCAGCCUGGCUCCACCAGCCUCCUCGAUUUACGUUUGCUGAGGAUUCGGCUGUUAUUUGGUAGCAUGUCACCUCUUUGGAAGCCUGGGGGUGUCUUGGGGGAGGGGGCUCUGGUCAGAGCUUUUUGGGGGGGUUGUUGAUUGUUUGAUUUUUCACAUUCAUUCUGAUUCGCUGGGGACGGCAGGUGCCCUCAGCAGCUGUGGGAAGCAGGAGGUGGGGAGCGUAAUCCUGAAAGCAUGUGGGAUGAGAUCCAGUCUCCAACCUCCCUUGACUCAGCCUCCGAACGAGGCUGUGUAGCUCACAGGGGCUGCGGUUGACAUUCAGCCCAUUUUUAGCAGAGAUCUCGUUUUUUUGCCUCUAGAAGGACUUGUGUUUGCUUCCUCCCCCACGCGGAAGGGAACGUGGCAUGGGCUCCCCUCCAGCAGGUUUGGGUUAGGCUCACCAUUUCGCAACUCCGGGCAGGACUGGGCUCUGCACUGCCCUUGCUGCUGGCUGGGGGAGCUGUACGUCGCUCUGACAAUGCCCCAGGUGCUCAGAUCCUACCAUGAUGGGCAAGUUGCUUUACAAAUCCCAACCCAAAAAUAGUGACAUGGAGAAGGUCAGGUGCCGAGCAGAUUUGGGCUGCAAGGUUUGUUGAGAUUCUGAGUCCAGCUGGCAGCUGAGAACCAUAUUGCACUGUUGGCCCCAUUCCUCCAGUCCAGCAAUAGACAGACACCUCCUAGCAAGGGGGCCCACAAGCUGCAGGGUGGCAGCACCCAUCUUGCCAGGCCAGGUCUUUUCUGAAACCACUCCGUGCCCAUAGUUCUCAGAAAGGGAGGUGGAGCCUGGGUGGGUGGAAACAUGGACACAGCUGCCUGGCAGUGCCUUGCACAAUGCUCCGUUCUGUCCUGGGUGGGGCGGACCUGGGACAGCAGUUAAGCAUCUGGGUAAAGGAAAGUGUGUAUAUUGGGUAGGUAUGGGAUUGCUGGUCUGGCUCUGCAAGGGGAUGCCAGAGAGCAUCCGGGGCAGGAGGUUGGGCACAGAGACCAGCAAAGUGCCUGCUUUAUCUCGGGCAUCAGCAGUGGAGCAUUCUGCUGUCCCCGCAAGGUCAGCAGAAUAGGGAGGCAGGAAGGAUCUUCAAACCCAAAUGCAAGUUCUGGCACAAUACACCCCAGAGCCCCUCUUUCCCCACAGACAGGAGCUGAAUGGGAGAGACAGCCCCGCACUAAUGUGGCAGCCUGGAAAUCCAUCGGGCUGUUGGGGUGGGAGGAAGAGGAGCCCCUCUGCCUUUUGGAGCGGGGGCAUGUCUCCUUCUCGGGUCUCCAGGGAGAGCUUACAGCUGUUUGGAUCAUCAGUGGUGGAUGGCUGUUAAUAAAACAGAAGAGGAGCGGAGAGCAGCUGGCACAGGGAAUGAGGGGAGCCCUCAGCUUCCAGCACACGAAGCAAAAUCAGAAAGGUUGUCAAAGAAGCUGUAAACGCAGUGCAGGAUACCACGUGUGGCCAUUUCUGGGUGACUUUCUAGAUGCCCUGAAGAUUAGCCCUGGCCCAAGCCCUCCUUUGCCACCACCUCCCAUCUCUUCACAAAGGGCUUGGCGAAGACUUCCCGCGGAACCCAUCAUUCCACCGCUCUGAGGAGCUGGAGCCUCUGGCAUAGCAUUGCAGAAAAGCACGGCACUGCCAAGCCAGCUCUACUCCAUCCUUGCAAAGAAAAUAGCCCUUGUGAGGCAUUAAGGAGUUGUUGGUGUUGAAUCCAGUCCUGCCAGUCUAUUUUCCCUCGCAUCUCUCCUGCUAAGAGUCACCAAUGCCACCAGUCACUGCAGUGGACCUUUGCAAGAGCAUCCAGCAGCUAGAUCAAUACAGUUUUAACUCAUCCUCACAAUGCGGCUGGCAUGGGAUUUCCUAGCUGCAGAUGGAAAUUAUGGGGCCAGCUGUAUCCUCAGGAAUCUAAGUCCUAAGAGCUAUAGAUUUUAGCUUGUUCUGUUUCUAAAUGUGGAAGAGGCCCUCAGUCUAAACAGUGAGAAUUCUGUUCCAGUGUGGAUGCAGAAUAGACUCAACAGGGUCCCAACUCUACUGCCCUGUGGUAGGCCCAGGGCGAAAGGAGAGAGUCCUCUGGUGGCACUUUCAGAAGCUGUUGCUGAUUGGUGUAGUGGUGCGUUACAAGACGUAAAGGGAACUAGUUCUCUAGCCUCAAGGACUUGCAGUCUAAGGAAGACAAGAUAGAUGGGGAUGAGACAUGGGAUGACAGUGAAAGAGGGGCAUGGAGAGAGCAUUGUUGAGGGAAAAUGAGAGAGAGGAUUUCUGGCACAGAAGGUCGGAAGGGUUUGUUACUGUAAAUAGGAAGGUGCGGGGAGGCUGUUGGUGAACUUGGAAGCAAAGUAUGUUGGGGAUGGCAGUGAGUUUUAGGGAUGCUUUGAUUUGGAGGCGGAACAGGUAGCGCUAGAUCUGCAGUCUCAGCUUAGUGAGGAAGUUUCAAAAGUUGAAGAGCAAACUAGGCCAGAGAGGAUUGUGCAAAAGGGAGAUUAAACUGGGGCAGGGAGCAGAGUCUUGUAGGGGAACCCAGUAGGAAGCUAUGGAAUGUAAAGCCAUGUUUUAACCCUCCACGGGUUGGGUGGCACUUGUGCCUUGCUCCAACUCUUGGCCCAGUGUCAGUCAGUGACAAUCAAACCACUUAUUUACCUCAGCAGUUGAUGUUUCAAGUCGUGGGUUUGAGUGACGGAAGAGAGAGUUAAGUGCGGAACUCACUAUAGCAAUUUGGCCAGUGUCCGUCACUCCCUGGCAUUAGCAUGUUGCAGGGACUCCCAGGAAGGUUACUGGUGUACACUGGCUGUCCCUGCCCCUGGAACUACCUUUCCAUAUGAUGCACAUAACAGCUUCCAUGCCAUUUGCCACAUGCACCCAAGAGACCCAAGCAAAGGCCACUCCACAAAGAGGACGCAUUUGUUUUUGAGGUGAGGAGAAAGCUGUUGAGGGUGUUGCCGAGUGGGAGAGCAUGAAAAGGAGAGAAGAGGAUUUUCAUGGACCAGGCAGGACAUAUUGACUGGAGGUCCAUCUACUGUGGAACUGGAGUGGCCUUUGUAGCAGAAGAGGUGGAGUUUUACAAUGCAAAUAUCCUCUGGAGAAUCCAGCACGUUAUCCACACACAAUGACCACUGAAGGGAAGGUGUAAACAGCUCAGUCUCAUUAACUUAACGAAAAGAAGGUUAAGAGGUGACUGACCAUGGUCUGUAAGUACCUUCUCAGGGAGCAGAUUUCUCAGAACAGAGGGCUCUUUAAUGUAGCAGGCAAAGGCAGAAUGAGAUAGAAUGGCUGGGAGCUGAAGAAUUCCAACUGGAAAUCAAGGCCCAACUUUUUAACAGGAAUGGGGAUUAACCAGUAGAACAGCUUGCCAAGGGCUGAGAUAAAUGCUCCAUUACUUGGCGUUUCUAAUUGCAGGCUGGACGUCCAUCUAAAAGACACACUCAAGCCCAACCACAAAUUAGUGGACUGGAUGCAGGAAUCCCUGGGUGAAGCUCUGCCGGAUGGUCUGAUGAUCUGAUGGUCCCAUCUUGCCCUAUAGUCUAUGAAUAGCCAAAAGGGAAGUAGAUUGCAAAUGGGCAAGGGUCAGGAGGCCCAGCACACAGCCUUCCACUGUUCAGUGGGGAUUUGCUGCAGCUUGGCAAGGCACAUUGGGCUGGGUGGAGAGCAGAGGUGAGAAUCAGAGGUUCGGGUUAGAACGCCGAGUGAAAUGCAGCCUGUGCAGGGCAGAGCAGCGGGGACGGAAUGUGUCUUUGGAUGGUAGGAUAAAGUGGAGAUGGUGAGCAGAAGUAGACAAGGGAUUAGUGGAGAAGUGGAGAAGUAAUUGCAGUUGAUUCUUGGGGAAAUGGUUUAAAAUGCAUUAGCAGGAAGCUGCCACAGAAUAGUGUCAGUGGCAGGAAUCGGGCUCUUCUUUGGCGCAUCCAACUAGCAAUACCCUCUGGCAUGGCUGAUCGUCUCCAGAUCCAGCAUUUAGGAAUUUUGUACCUGUGUAUCUAAUGAAGCAUCUAGGCGGACGCUAUGGCAGAGCGCUUUUCGGCGGGAUCCGAGCAGUACCAUGAACAGCAGAGCAGCAAACACUGUCGGUGCUGCAAAAUCAUCCCUCGAGGAACCUCAAGAGGCUGUAAACUCCUCACCAGGCAAGCUUCACAUUUGACAACCACCCAAAAAACAGCCACCCGAUCUGAUGAGGCAGAGGUUUUCAGAUUGGUUUCUUGUUGCUAUUCAACCCCCGCUCGCUCUGUUUGAUUAACAGCCACAGCAGUGGGUAAAAUUCAUUUACCAGGCAGCCCAAGAAGUCUUCAACACAAUGACAUUAGGCGUACAAGGAUUUGAUUGUAUGUGAAUUUCAGCCAACAGAGAACCAGAGUCCACUACUCUCAACCCCUAAUGUUCAAAAAACAUAGAUCAGGACCUUCAAAAUCAUGAGAUUAGUUUAAAAAUCAGAUGAUCAUUUUGGGUUUCUUUUCAUUUACCCUCUGGCUUUUGAGCCUUUAGGAGGGGGUCUCACUGUCAAGCUUUUCUAGGGCUAAAAAUUCCUAAAAAAGCCGAGAUUCUCAUGUAAUCACAGGACUCCAGAAGCUGGGGGCUUUAAGAUAUCAAAUAUUGCAAUAAAAAUACGGGACUUGACAACACUGACCUGAACCUCAGCUACUGUAAAUCAGCGUCACUCUGUUGACUUCAGUGGAGCGAUGCUGAUUUACCCCAGUGGGGGAUCUGGCCCCAUUGACUCUAAUGGAAUGAUGGCCAUUUACACCAGCUGGAGAUUUUCCUCAUUGACUGCAGUGGAGUGACACCAAUUUACACCAGCCGGGAUCUGGCGAAAUCUGUCUUUGAUUUUUAACUACUAAGAGUCAGAUUUUUUUCAUGUGCUCAGCUCCCCAAAACCAGGGCCAAGUCUUCAUCAUCAGAGCACCUGUGUAGGCACUUACCUGACAUGACCCCUUGUUCCAUGGAUGCUGUUGGGUGCUGAGACCUUUUGAAAAUCCAGAUGUUUCAUUUCAGUGCUGACAUGAGAGCUGAGCUCUUUAAGGAAAUGUGGCCUUUAAGGCAGGUCUUUUCGAAGGAGACCCUUGGCUCUCGGGUUCAGGGCCCUGUUUUACUAGAUGCUGCACAGACACAUAGUGAGAGAUGGUCCCUGCCCUGAAGACCUAACAGUCUAAAUAGCCAAAAGGUGGGUGGGGAAACUGAGAGCCAAGGACACCCAGCAGGUCAGUGAGAGAGCCAGGAGUAGAACCCAGGCUUCCUGAGCCCCACUCCAGUGCCCCAAUUAGAAUCUGAUCCUUCCAGCUCUACCCUUGGGGCUGACCCUGCCUCAUUGAUGUGUGUGAUUUCAGUGGGGCUGUUAAUAUGGGCCUCUCUUCCACAGAGCAGUUCAAUGUCUACUUGGAUCUUGCUGGUUUUGGGCGCUGAGGUGCUGUGCUAGGGUGACCAGACAGCAAGUGUGAAAAAUCGGGAUGAGGGUGGGGGGUAAUAGGAGCCUACAUAAGAAAAAGACCCAAAAAUCGGGACAGUCCCUAUAAAAUCAGGACAUCUGGUCACCCUAUGCUGUGCUGAAUUGGUGUCUUGAGUGAGGGUUGCUAGAUCAAAGCAGUUAUUGGCUAAGUGCUGAGACUGGAUUGGAUCCAGGAUUUUUGAAAGGCAUCACAGUUUUGUAGUGGGCAGGGGUUUGCGAAAGUACUGGCUUCCAAUGAGGAGUUGUAACCUCAGAGUUUGCAAAAUUGCUUCCAGUUGUCUUAGAAUCGCUGACUGGUAGGGGGCGCAGUCCCACCCCCUUUCACUUCAGCUGAGAUCAGGCCCUGCCUCUUAAGGGGAAACAGCACCACUUUUCACUCAAUGUUUCUGACAUUCCCACAAUGAUAUAACCUAGAUUGAACACAGACCCCAUGGGUAGGGAUGGGGUGGACGACAAAGACUUUUUCAAUAGUUUAAACGUUGGGAUGUUUUUUCAAGGAGAAAAAGAAUUGCCAGGAUGGUUGGGGGGGAGGGUAGAAAAAUGCAGUUUUAUUGCAUUUUUUUAAAUUAUUUUUUUAUGUUUUAAUUUAGAACAAAUCUCUGUUAAUAUUAUUUUAAUCCGGGUGGUUAAGUGUUUUUUAAUCGCAGACCUGACAUCUGCUCUUAUUAUUUUAUUAUAUUUUUUCUGUGUGUGCGUGGGGGGUGUGUGUGUGUGGGCAGGUGUGUGCAUGCAUUCAACUGGGGAUUUUAAAGAAAACAAAAAACAAACAAAAAAAUUCAUGCCAAAGGUAGGGCAGAGAAUAGCUGGAUAGACAAUUAUAUUCUAGGCAUUAGCAUUUCACUAUAUUAUCUAUAUAUUAUAUUAUAUUAUUAUUAUUAUAAAUUCGCAUGUUAAAAACUAAUAGGCGUAACUUCUGUCUUAUAUGGAAAGAGACUUUAGCUUUUGAUCGCUUGUACAUUCGGUCACUCAUCUGUCUUGAUCCUUGGAGAGCUGACCUGAAUCUAAUAAGCUUUAGUAGUUUCACCAAGGUGGGGCUACUGGCUUUGUAUCUUUUAGUAGUCACCAAAAAAAAGGAAAAGAAAAAACCUUGGGUGCAAUUUUCAAAAGCACCUAAAUAAUCCAGGAGCCUAAGUCUUAUUUUCAAAAGUGAUUUAGUCACUUAGAGGCCUUGUCAUUAUUGAAGGUCAAUGGGCUCCUAGGGCACUUUUGAAAAUUGAACCCCAUGUCUUUUAAAAAGGUGUCAUUUGGCCAAAGUUGAGCAGAGAGGUCUGGAAGCAGAAUGACUGGCAGUCCUAGAUCACGACAGCAAAAAUCAAUUCAGGGUACAGGGGGCACCACCAAUAUGUGUCUUUACAUUUCUUGCAGAGCUGGCUGAUUCUUGCAUCGAAAUCCACCCUUUAACAUUAACGUUACAGCGACACCAGGAUUCUCACUCGCCGGCUGUUUAGCUUUAAGUUUGCUCAAAUAUCCCUUUGCCCUUCCCUCCUCACUCUCAGUAAUUGCAGGAAAUCAAAACCUUACAAAUUAUUUAUUGGCCGUCAGAAACUUUUUGCGUGUGUUUUAUGUGUCCUUUAAAUGUAUUAUAUUUUUUUUAAAUCUUCCCCCUUUCCUUUCCUUUUUGUGGGGUAUAUUGAUAUUUAUCUAGCUGUCUCUCGAUGUAUAUAGAGAGAUAGAUAAAUAUCAAUAUACCCAGAUGUAUAUUUUGCUUAGAGCUGGUAUGUGGGGUGACGAGUAGGUCGGUGGAAUUUUAUUGGGGGGAAUUGAGCAUCCAUAAACUCGGGAGAGAGAUUUCCUCUCUCAUGUGAUUUGGCAGCUCUACAGAUAAAGUCAGAUGGUUUCUUUUUAUUCUCUCACUGUGCAGUGACAUUUUAAAGAAGUGAUUAUAGCUGGGAGCCAAAAAAUCUUUGCCCCUUAAAAGAUUUUCCUAGAGUGCCGUGAAUGGAUGUGGGGGCACUUAAAUGGAACGUGGGAUCUGCUUCCCGCCUUGGGAACUCUCUGAGCGGCUUACAGGCUAACAGCUCAGAAGAAGGGGGAGGGGAGUUAUCGGGGAGCCAGCCUCCCACUGAGUGUGAUGGGCGCUGGGUCUGGCCUGCGGUGAAUGAGGGCCGGGAAACAAUGAUAGCAGGUCUAGAGGACAGUUGGGAUUAGCACAGAGUGAGAGGAGCAAGAGUGUGGAAGUAGGAGUAGCUGGGGGGGUUGGGCAUGGCCAGGAUGUGUGGGAGGGGCCAGAGGAGGAGCAAACAGUGCAAUCGAGGAGAAGGGUAUCUAAGCAGGGAAAAUUACUUUCCCAAGCUGGGAUUGUAAUGAAUGCUGAGAGCCAGGAUCCAGCAUUUAGGCCAUGGGAAGGAAAGUGGGGGGUUCUCAUGGGUUUCCCCCUUCUUUACUUGAGGCAGGAAACACCGGCUCCCACUUCCAUUCUCUGGCAAGCCCAGCAUAUGUUCAGGGCUUUUUUGGUAGUGUAUAAAUAAUGCUGGUUUUUUUACGCUGCGAUUUAAUUUUACACCGGUGUUGAAAAAAAGCCAUUACAAUAGGGGUUGGGUGGGGUUUUUGGUUUUGUUUUGUUUCAUUUUGUAGCAUCUAAAUGUGUUAGCAAUGCCAAAGCAUUUAAAGAUUUUAAUGGGGCGGGGCAAAGAAAGCGGCACCGUGGCAUUUUCAGGGCAUCGCCUGGUUUAUUAAAACUGCCUUGGAUUUUGUCCAGUGUAAAUUUCUCCACCCUCUUCCCCUCCACCCCCUUGACAGGGUAGGGAGAGUUAAACUGCGCCUCCUGUUGGCCGAGUAGAGGAAUGUUCUCAGGUGUGAAGCUGAUCUCCGCUCACAGUGCUGGCUUAAGGCCUCAGAAUCACAGAAGUCACACUUGACCCCUAUGUGAACUGGGAGUCAGGACUCCUGGGCUCUGUCCCCAGCUCUGGGAGGGGAGUGGGGUCUAGUGGUUAGAGCAAGGGAGCACUAGGAAUCAGGACUCCUGGGUUCUGUUUUGAGCUUUGGGAAGAGAAUGGGAUCUAGUGAUUAGAGCAGGGGGUAUUGGGAGUCAUGACUCUCGGCUUCUAUCCCCAGGUCUGGGCUCUAGUGUUUGCAGUAGGGAGGACUAGGAGUCAGGACUCCUGGGUUCUGUUCCCGGCUCUGAGAGGAAAAUAGCAUAGAGCAGGACGACUGGGAGUCAGGAGUCCUGGGUUCCUAGGCCUUGUGACGAGAUCAAUUUCGCUUUGUGUGUGUGUGGUUGUUACGAUGGUUUGCGAUUUAUGCGAUGCUGAAUUAUUUCCUAAAUCCCAGGAUCUUGAAGGAGGCAAACUCUCAGCCUGCAGCAUUGGGUCAUGCAACAUUCAUCCCCCUUUUUGCAAAUGUUAAGUGUGCUUCGUGACUUUCAAAAGAGCGAAUCUGCGUCAAAGGGGUGGUGGAAGGGCGGAAUCUCCUGCGCAGAUAUUGUUAAAAAAGCAUCUUUUGCUAAACUUUCCUCUGGAAGACUGCAUCUUCCCUAGCAAACAAGGUGUCUUAACGCAUGUUGAAUAAGAUCCCAGCAGUUUAUAGUUUUCAGACGUGUUGGCAGAUUGAGGGGGAUGCCUCGACCUUCUGGUUUGUGUGAAAACUACACAGUGCUUUGUCUUCCCUAGGAUCUUACAUAACACGGAGUAAGAACACACCUUGUUUCUUAGUGAAGACACCGGCCACUGUCAGAAGACAGGGUACUGGGCUAGAUGGACCAUUGAUCUGACCCAGUUUGUCCAUUCUUAACUGAUGGAGCUCAUUGGGAUAAUAGACCUGUGGAGCACCAGUCCCCAGCUUGGAAGGAGCGCUCUCUCCCUUCCGAAUCCAGGAAUCACGUUGACAUGUUCACGGAUUGUGUAUGUUAUCCCUGAGCAUGGGCGUCUUACCUGGCUCUCCCAAGGUGUCUGCAGUAACUUUACUGGUUCUUAGUCCCCUUUUCUCCCUCACUUAUAGUCCAGACGACAUGUCAAGGUGGUUGUCCCUCUGCUACCAACCAAGCUGGUCUGGUUAAUCUCAAUGGGUUUCUUGGAUUUAAAAAAAAAAAAAAAGAAAGAACAAAAAACCCACAAAAUAUUUUAAAAGGAAAUUGUUGCUUAUUUUAAUAGGUUUUUUUUUACUCUGUUGUUUGUAGAAACCCUCUUAGAAGCUUGAAAAUAAAAAAUUCUUUCCCUAAA